AUGAGGCAAGUCCGCCCUCCUGACCCACCCUCUCACCGCCUCUCUCCUGCUCUUGCCACACACGCCGCGCACUUGCCUGCCUGCAUGCCUCCGCUUCUCUCGCGCUCUCUGCGCUUUCGCCUGCACGCGCAUGCUCGUGCUGGUGGGCAUGUGAGAGCAGCGGAGGGAGUGCAAGCAGGGGUGCAGGGGUUGGCGGCAGGGGCGGGGAGGGAGGACGAGUUGAGGCAGGUGGUGAGUGGCGACGGGGGAAUAUUGAGCCAAGACUCUCUGCGCUGCAAGCAGCGAUUGCUGGUGAGGAGGGUGGAUUGGGGGGAGUGCGCAUGGGGCAGUGAGGGUGGAGGGUGGUGGCGUGGGGGCGGGGGGCAUGUGGUGUGGGCCUUGGGUGGGGUGGGAAGGGCCAUGGCUCGUGUGGCAGGGUGCAUGCAGGAUGCGGGGCUCAUGUCAUGGGGGGAUGAAGCACCUGCAUGCACAUCCCCCCGCCAUGCUCUCCACAUGCGCGCCCCCCCUCCCCACCCGUGCUCCUCUGGAACUUCCAUUCUUUGCUCCUGCCUGCUUACCACCUGCUCAACAAUCCUCUCCCUCACUCCCUCCCUCACUCCCUCCCUCACUCCCUCCCUCACUCCCUCCCUCACUCCCUCCCUCACUCCCUCCCUCACUCCCUCCCUCACUCCCUCCCUCACUCCCUCCCUCACUCCCUCCCUCACUCCCUCCCUCACUCCCUGCCGCCCACCCUCCCACUCUCUCUCCCUGCACCUGCAGCAGCAGGGAAUGACAGCCAUGCGUCAGUCACUCCCCCACUCUCACGCCCACGCCCACAGCAGCCCCAGGAGAGGCACCGUUGGGGCUAGGCUUGGGCCAUCCCUUCAGGAGCGCAUCAGUGCUGAGCCAUCCCUUCAGGAGCGCAUCAGUGCUGAGCCAUCCCUUCAGGAGCGCAUCAGUGCUGAGCCAUCCCUUCAGGAGCGCAUCAGUGCUGAGCCAUCCCUUCAGGAGCGCAUCAGUGCUGAGCCAUCCCUUCAGGAGCGCAUCAGUGCUGAGCCAUCCCUUCAGGAGCGCAUCAGUGCUGAGCCAUCCCUUCAGGAGCGCAUCAGUGCUGAGCCAUCCCUUCAGGAGCGCAUCAGUGCUGAGCCAUCCCUUGAGGAGCGCAUCAGUCCUGAGCCAUCCCUUCAGGAGCACAUGAGCAUAGCAGCAGUUUCUUUAGCCUUCCAUCCACCCCCCACCAACAGUCAAGGCCGCCAAGGGCGCCUGGAGGUAGCGAGCACGGCCUUGGACGUUGUGCUGGGCCGCUUGCGUGCACCUUCCACUUGCACUGCCCGCACCUCCCUGUGCGCUGCAGCACACCUAGGCUUCGGAAUCAGUGUCGCUCCCUCCACGCGCCUCACGUUCACUCCCUUGCUGCUACUAGGUUUCGGGAUGCGCGUCGGCGGUGCAGAAUGUGCUGCCUUGCUGCAACCAGCUGACGCCGUUGACGCUGGGGAAUCCGCUGCGGGAUUCGCCGAUGCUGCAGGUUCGGUCGCAGCAGAAUGCGCCGAAGCUGCAGAUUCCGCCGAAGCUGCAGAUUCCGCCGACGCGGAUGAUUCCGCCGAUGCUGCAGAUUCCGCCGACGCUGCAUAUUUCGCCGAAGCUGCAGAUUCCGCCGAAGCUGCAGAUUCCGCCAAUGCUGCAGGUUCCGAUGCGGGAGAUUCUAAAGCUGCAGAGUCCGACUCAGCGAAUCCCGAUGCUGCAGGUUGCGAUGAUGCGGAGUCCGACGCUGCAGUAGUUUCCGAUUCUGCACGAUCGGGCGCUUUAAGCAUCACUCCAUCUAACCUUAGAUUUCCCGAAGCUAGAUUCUGCGUCGCCGCUUGA